GGAUUUCAUGGAGACGGCCGCCCUCCUCUCUUCUCGCCUGAGGAGAAACACCGGCUGGGAGUCCGUCAUGUCCUGCAUCACCCAAAUAUGGCACGCGGAAGUGCCGGAAUCUCCCCCCAUGAGCCCCUUAAGCCCCAUCCCGGCUGGGCCAGGUGAAAUCCCGAUCCCUCUCAGCCCCAUUGUGAUCACCUCCCCUGUGAUCGCCUCCCCAGUGGUGGAAGGAAGGCCCAGGGUGUGCUCCCCGAUCCGGUCUCCGGUGGAUGGCAAACUGCGGCUCGGCUCCCCGACAGACAAGCCCACCUCCCCCAUCGAGUGCUCCAUCUGCUUCAACACCUACGACAACCUUUUCAAGACCCCCAAGGUCCUCGAGUGCCAGCACACCUUCUGCUUGGAGUGCCUGGCCCGCUUGGCCGCCGCGCUCCCCGCGAACCGGGUGGAAGAUCAGCUGCCCUGCCCUUUCUGCCGGCAGCUCACCGAAAUCCCCCUGGAAGGGCCGCCGGGCCUGCGGACGAGCAAGGAGCUCCUGUCCACCUUGCCGGCCGAGCUCCAGCGCGAGAAGGUCAUCUGGAUGGAAGGCACCAAGCUGUGCUGCAGGCAGACGUCCGACCCGGAGAACCCCGACUGCAUCAGCAUCGACGUGGGCCUGAGCAAGCCGGAAGCCCCCGAACUGCCCCCAGACACUUUCAUGGGGCGGUUGUCUCGCUGCGCUAUGUGCGACGACUGGAAGCGCAUUAUCCUCCUCUCGGCGUUGAUCAUUAUCCUUUUCUGCAUCAUCCUCUGGCCCGUUCAGUGCGUCCUCAAAACGGGCAACCUGCGUUGCUUUGCUAGGACUUACACGAUGACCAAGCCAUACAUCCCGUAUCAUCCCCCGACCACCACCGCAGCGCCGACGACAGCAGCCUUAGAUCCCAUAUGGUGA